GCAGCUGAUCAAUAGCAAUUCUGUUUAUUAGUUAUUGAAGGAGAAUUUUUAAAUUCACAACCUUUCCAUAUUCCAUGGAACGGUAUCCAAAUUCAGAUAUUUACCUAGAAGUCUGGGCCUGCAUUGGGGCAUCUGCAAUUUUAGGCAGUCUAUUCAUGAAUGCUAGAUUGAGAUCCAGGCCUGCUGUUCUUAAUUUGAUUUUUUACAAAUGGACCCUGAACAAUAUCUCUACUCGGAUUACAUCUCACAAGCUAACAAGAGAAUGCAAACUGUAAUCUUUCAAUGUUGCCAUUAAUUUACUACAGAAGCCUCACUUCUGACAAAGAUGAUGAAUGUUUCUUGUAACAGUCAACAAAAAAAAAUGUUUUCGCUGCUUGUGGUAUUGUUAAUUUGUGAUCAGACUUCAACAAUUUUUCUGGGAGUUUCAGAAGUUAAGAAGUCCAAUGACAGCCUAAAUAUGAGCGAUAAACAAGAUUUUUCAAGUAUGCCAAAUGAUCAAGGAUAUUCAGAUGAUAAUUUAAGACUAGGCUGUAUAGACUGGCAAGGAAAAGUGGUGGCACAUGGUGAAAUCUAUGUGCCCAACCAUGAAGACAUGUGUUCACAGUGUACAUGUGACCAGAAGUUCCCCAUUCGGUGCCAGUCAGUUGCUUGCUCACCCCCUCUCAACUGCCUGAAGCCAGAGAUCGUCAAAGGGGCUUGCUGUGAAUAUGUGUGUGUUGACAAUGGAGUUGCUAAUGGGAAUGUUACUGGAGAUAACUCAAAUGAUGGAGAAAGCAUCACUAAUUUGUCUCUUAGAUUAAUAGCAUCAACAGUCACUUCAUUACUGGUUCUUGCUUUGCUUUUAUUCAUGGUACACAGACUUAGACAGCGCAGAUUACUGUUAGCUAUGCGGCGUUUUGAAGCACGUGCCAAUCAAGUUCACAGUGAAGAUACAGACAGUGAAAUUUAUAUUCCUGACGCCUUUCUGUCCGUAGAAUGCCCACCUUACACAGACCCACCUCCUCCAUACUCUCCACCCAAACCACCCCAAAUACUACCUGGCGAGCAGCCUCCACCAUACGAAGAAAUAAACCAAAACGGCGACGCUAACGGGAAUUCUGCUAACGAAAACAGAAAUGAAAAUACCAGCUCGUCUUCUGCUCCAAACCCAGUUGUGCCAACAGCGGGGGCAGUCAGAGAGAAUGUUUCUGUAAAUAGACAUUGCGGAAGCUCCAGUGCUGUAGCUCAGCAAGAAUCACAAGGGAGAUCAGUUGAUUCCAGACACCAGCGAUCAAACAGUGGUCCAGUACGGGCACAGCACCCCUUGCCUGCAUAUGCCAGCACAGAUGUUGUCGAUGGUUUAGGCGUGGUCAUAUCCCCUGGGUCAGACAUAGUCAGCUACUCACCUUACAAUGACGGCUGGGCCAUGUGGCUGGGGGACCCCUCCAUUCACAGCUCACACGUCCGGUACCGGGAUCAAGGCCAUCACAGAAAUUCAUACAGGGACCGUCCCAGGUCUCUGGGAAAUGUCAACAGCUGUCGGGUGACACCCGUGCCGACGAUAACUGCGUUUCAGCGGUUCUCAAAUAUUUUUAAAAGAGACAGUUGGAAACUGAGAAACAGGCGCCGGCCUGGUAGACCAGCGUCCGAAUACAACAUGCCUUCUCAGUAUGCAACGGUCCCCAGGAAUGAAAUGUCCGUCGCCAGCGACAGCCACCACCAGCAUCAUCACAGUAGGGUGAGGAACUACCCCCGGCCACACAGCGGCAGGUUCCCUGACGGCAUGUGCCUCAGCUAUGACAGUUCCCAGGGAACGUACACGCUAGGUCCCCUCAGCCCCAGCACCAGUAGUUCCAACAGCACCAGCAGCACGGAGCCUUCAAGACAGCAUUACACCAUCAGCAGCAGCACCCCCGCGGCGUCCACCUCGAGUAACCACACCAGUAUUAACCCACAGGGCGGCGUCUGUCCCAUGUUUGACGAGCCACUGGUCAGCUCGUUUCACAGACAGCAGUUCCACAAUGACCUGUGCCAGCACUUGCCCCCGCUUCAGUUAGCCGGCCAGCAGGAGGUGCCCACCCCUGCCCCUCCCACCUCCUGGGGUUCCAGUGUGUCACAGAACCAGUUUUCUGCUGGGUCAGCAGGUUUGGACCAGCACACAUCAGGACAAGCCAGCCUUGAGAACACUACACUCGUAAGAUCACAAGACAAUGCAACCAAUGGAUUUAGCAACGUGCGUACAUCCUCAUCUGUACAAGCUUCAUCAUCCCAUCCCACAUAUGCCUCGUCGUAUGCAGAUACACGGCAGUCGCUGGCUGCAUUUAUCAUGUCCAACCCAUCUGCAACCAGCACAGAUUUAAAGGAACACGCACCAAUCCCCCAUUCAACUGCAGAACCAACCUCAUCCAACUCUUUGCUAUCAACUAGAACAGAUACAGAAACACCCCACCCAUUAACUGCAAACUAUUUCUCUACUUUUCCAUUGCGAAGUUUGAACACACCCCAGUCAUCUAGAGAAGAGAACACAGCAUACACCUCUGAACACCUGGCAACAUCAUCAUCAUCUUCUCCAUCCCCAAGCCCCCCUCCACCAAUUGUAGCCUCGUCGGGUGCUUUAAGAAGAUCCCAGUCUGGCAUGUCACAAGCCUCCAUCUUCUCUGUCUGCUCAGAGACCGGGGAGAAGAAGCUGAAGAACAACUUCCCAGCUGAAGGGGAGUCCAGAGUUAUCUCAGCAGAAUCUCAGUACCCGGACUGCCACAGCUAUACCCUGUCCCGGCUCCCUUACAGCAAACAUGAAACUUUAGCUGCGACCCACGCCAGAAGUAAGUCAGACACUGAUGGCACCAGUAAAGAUGAAGGUGCUAGAGCCACGCUGCUUGCCUCCAACAAAACUGGUUCAUUAGAUUUCAAACAGCAGCCAAACCAAUCAUCAGAGAGUGCUGACAUGUCUUCAAACUCAGUCCUAAAUAACACAACUUUGAGCCCACCUUUAGAUUUAGCCUGUGGUCUGCCUACAGCUACAUUGCAGCAGUUCACAAGUGGAAUCAAAUCAACAAAUGAUGGCCUAGCCAGCUGUGUACUGCCUAGGGAACAGCCUGAAGGUGGUGAAGAAAACAAUCUAAACACUGCCAGGAUGGACAAAAUCAACAUGAAGAAAUGCCUGCCUUCUGUGUAUGAGGAAGGCAGAAUGAGCCAGUCUGUCAAUAUUCCGCCCCUCUCUGCGCUGUCCAGCAACACCAACAGCAAGAUGACAGCAUCCUGUACGUAUAAAGAAAACCAGCACAACUACGAUCCCAACGAUGCAUCCAGCAGGGGUGAUAAAUCGCAUGAAGCUGGGAAGAAGCAGAAGAAGAAGAGGUCCAAGGACAAGAACAGCUCCAGCCCGCAGUACAACAACAACAAAUCAAAACACAACUCGUCCAGUCCCAAGCAUGUCCGCGUCCACAUUGGAGACAGGAAGAAAUCAGAGGAGGUGCCUGAAGAUAAGUUUAGACCAACCAAGCCAGACAAGAAAUUAAGACAUCAACUGGGCGCCACCAGGCAGCCUGUGAGGUUCACCGACAUGGUCGGCGCCAACAAGCUUAUGACCAGGUCUGCCGGCGAUGCGUCUAUGGUAUACGGCAAUGCUGAUGUUUACCGGGGCGGUGGGGACUAUUUUGCUUCGGCAAUCUCCCACCCGCUACAAGAACCCACAUUCCCUACGUAUCCAGACCCAUGGAAUUACCAAGAGGCUCUUCAUGAUCCAAGUUUAUCAGCAAGGCCUGGGAUGAAUGAUCUAAACCAGCCACCAAACCUUUUGAAAAAUGACGCUUCAGACAACGUGGUCACUGUGUUCCCUAUAUGUGGGACGACUGCCUUGGCGUCGGGGAAGUUCCAAGAUGCCAACCUGCAGACGAGAAAAAAAGGAGGGUACAGGCGCCAGACGGUACCUGAGAAACCAGGUGCCGGUCCGUGUCGGCAUAAAUCACGUCCAAAAACUUUAGCCACUGCCUGUGAUAACAUGCAUGAUAAACGCAGUGACAAUCUCACAAGAUCUUCAGUAGUCGCCAGUGAUGUUUUAGUUGGGCUUUGGCCAUCUGUCGUGGCUGGUGAAGGGGUAGUGGUGGGGAAAGGUGCUAGGUCAGGUUUCGGUCAUGAUCUAAAUUUCGAGGACCAGAAUGGUAUACCAGAAUGGCUUGACGGCCAUGAUGUGGACUUUGUGCACAAGAGAGCUCUGAACUACGACGGCCUGCAGUUCCAGGUGAAUUCCAACGGCAACAAGCCAGGUGUUCGAGCCGACGGAAACAACGACCCCCUAGCCACGUGCAACAAACUCUUAGCCAUGCACCCUGGGAACAAAUCUGGACUCAGCAGUGACUUGUCUUUUGUCAGCCGUGGCGCCACCGCUCCUGGCAACAGGUCCAAGAAGCGCCAGUCCCUCCCGUCAUCAAUUGGGGCGGGGCCAGACAAACCUUUGAACCCUGGGGAAGGGGAUGUAACCAAAUUCAGGGGAGAGAAACAGACCUCUGAUGCAAAGCAUGACAGGAUGGCUUUAAGUGAUGAUUACAGUGAGGCUACUAGCUAUGUGUGAUGUCUGUCUCUGUGUAGAUACUGAAGGUGCUCAUUCUAUUCUAUUGAUGGCUCUUUUCUACCAUCAUUGAUGUUCAUUUUUUAAACUAUUUAUAAACACAGCCUGUAUUGCUAGUAAACCACAAGUUUUGUCAGCUGUAUAACUGAAUGUAAUAACAAGAUGUUAGCCACUUGUCAAUCACUGCUACAGUAUAUUAUUCAGCAUUUGAGCAUUUUAUUUAUUAUGUUUUUUUUUGUAAAAUAUUGUUUUUAACACAUCAAGUUGAAUCUCUGUGUAAUCUAGAUGUUUAUCAAGUUUACCUAUGUACCAAAUUUAUCUCAGACAUUCAUGUCAUUUUUUAAUUUUGUUUUAACACAUUGUAAGCUAAUCAAAACACAAUUGUUUUUUAUAUAGUUUUUUUUUAAAAUCUAUUUUCAACUUUUAUAUGUGAAAAAAGAA